GCGUUGGGUAGAGCGCCAGUCCCCGAAAAUGACCUUGGCCCUGCAAGUGGUCAAGCUGAUCCCUGGGGGCCCCCAGAGAGCAGCAGCCUGGGACGGGUUCGCGCCAAUUAAAAAUCCCAGUGUUAGGACUGGGGACCUGAUAAACCUGGUUCGAGCCCUGACUCCCCGCCCUUUGUGUUCUUUGGCAUCUUAAGUAACGUCUUAGCGCCUCAGUUUCUUCAUUUAUAGAAUACAGCUGAUAAUUCUUUCCUUGCAAGAAGAUGAAAUGGGGCAGUAAGUGUAAAGCUUAGAAUUGUCCAGUGCAGACUGGAUUCUGGAUAAGUUGUAGAUAAUUACUCCAUCCGCAAGAGUCGGCCAGAGCUGCCCCCGCUCCACUUGUCUGUGUCAACGAGUCUGAGAAGAUUGCUUGGCUAGUGAGGACUCAGAGCAAAACUGUAGUGAUGAAGAUCCAGUUUCAGACGUGAGAUUCACUGGGUGAUCAUUUCAUUGAGAUCAACUUGGAUGACAGUGCUACAAGAGCAUAUAACAAGAGGACCUGAUCUAGUCAUGGGAUCAGGGGAGAUUUCCCUGAAGAAAGAAAUUCGAGCUGAGAUCUGAAGGCAACUCAAAAUUUUUUAUUGCCACUCUCUACUUUGUUUCUACAAACGAAACUAUUAUCUCCAGCAGCACCUAAAGCCCAGGAGUCGAAUAAAUCAUCAGACUCAUGACUGAAAAACAGCGGGAAGAAGCAGAAUGGGAGAACAUAAAUAUGCUGUUGAUGACACAUGGCUUAAGACCUUUAUCGCUAGUAAAAAGAACAGAUCUAAAAGAUUUCAUCAUUUUUGAUAAACAGUCAUCACAAAAGAUGAGACAUAAUUUGAAAACAUUGGUAGAAGAAACAGAAUGUCAACAGAAGAUGAUCCAGGAGCUCAUAGAAACUAAUCAACAGCUUAAAAAUGAACUUCAGCUAGAAAAAUGCCGAGCAGUAGAUCAGGAACAACGAGCUAAUGAUUUGGAACAAAUUAUGGAGAGUGUGAAAGCCAAAAUUGGUGAAUUAGAGGAUGAAUCCCUAAAUAGGGUUUGCCAGCAGCAGAAUACAAUAAAAGAUCUUCAAAAAGAACAUAAAGCUUUACAGGCAAAAUGUCAGCAUUAUAAGAGAAAACGAAUGGAGCAACAAGAGACUAUUGCUUCUUUGCAAAAGGAUAUCUAUAGAUUAACAAUGGAGGAGGAAGAGCGCAUUAUCACUCAAAACAGAGUAUUUGCUUCUCUCUGCAAAAGAGUUCCUCAUACCGUCUUGGAUAGACAGUUGCUUUGCCUAAUUGAUUACUAUGAAUGUAAAAUUAGAAAAUUUCUUAAACAAAGGCAAUAUAAUGAAGAUGAAAGUCAGUCAGAAGAAGAAAGAGACUACAGAAGUCUUGACGCCUCACCAACAUAUAAAGGCCUCCUAAUGUCAUUACAGAAUCAGCUCAAGGAGUCGAAAUCCAAGAUUGAUACACUUUUAAGUGAAAAGCUUAAUCUCCAAAAAGAUUUGGAAAUCAGGCCCACACAGCAUGAAUUAAGACUUUAUAAACAACAGGUGAAGAAACUGGAGAAAGCCCUUAAGAAAAAUAUCAAAUUACGGGAUCUUAUCAGUCAAAACAAGUCUGAGGACACAGAGAAAAAAGAUGAGCCCAGCAAAGAUAACCAGCAGCAAGCCCUAAUUGACCAGAGAUACUUUCAGGUGCUGAGUAGCAUCAAUUCAAUUAUUCACAAUCCAAGAGCUCCAGUAAUAAUUUAUAAACAGAGCAAAGGAGGAGCCCAACAUUUUAAUAAAGAUUUCGUUCAUGAUUGUGGAUUUGAGCAUCUCGUUCCUAUAAUAGAAAUGUGGGCGGAUCAACUGACUUCCCUAAAGGAUUUGUAUAAGUCCUUGAAAAUACUUUCUGCGGAACUGGUGCCUUGGCAUAAUUUAAAGAAGCAGGAUGAAAAUGAAGGUAUUAAAGUUGAAGAUCUGUUGUUUAUAGUAGAUACCAUGUUAGAAGAAGUUGAAAAUAAGGAAAAGGACAGCAAUAUGCCAAACUUUCAAACUUUGCAAGCUAUUGUUUCUCACUUCCAAAAAUUAUUUGAUGUGCCUUCUUUAAAUGGAGUCUAUCCCCGAAUGAAUGAAGUUUAUAUAAGGCUUGGAGAAAUGAACAAUGCUGUGAGAAACCUCCAAGAACUCUUAGAAUUAGAUAGUUCAUCCUCAUUGUGUGUGCUGGUGAGCACAGUUGGAAAAUUGUGUAGGCUGAUUAAUGAAGAUAUGAAUGAACAGGUUAAACGGGUAUUGGGACCUGAAGACCUCCAAAGCAUUAUCAUCAAAUUGGAAGAACAUGAGGAGUUUUUUCCAGCAUUUCAGGCAUUUACUAAUGAUCUACUUGACAUCUUAGAAAUUGAUGACUUGGAUGCCAUUGUACCUGCAGUAAAGAAAUUAAAAGUACUUUCAUACUGAAAACAAAUCAAAUCAUUUUUACUGUGUAAAUUGCAUUCUUAACAUUCUAUUUUAUAGGAUUGAUCUUACUUUGAGACAAGGGUUAUAAAGUGUAUUUAUUCUCACAAUUCAUCCCCUUCUUACUAUUGGGUCCUCCAUUCAUAUAAUUUUUAUUAACUUUGAGAUUCUUAUAUAGAAAACAGUUGUUAAGUUAAAGUAGCGAUUUAACUUUAGAUCCUUCAAUCAUUUCUUAAGCAACUUUUUGAGUGCUUAAAUUUUAAGAUUGUUUUAAAGCAUAGUGUGUGAAUAAAAGACAAAGGGAGAGAGAUUGCAAGUAAUAGAAAGUUUGCGUUUAAGUUCAGGGUUUAAUGAUCUUUCUGGUUCUGGGACCAAGGAAUGCAAAUGGCUCUCUCUUAAGUCCAGCCAGUAGGAAGCUAUUGCUUUUCUGGCAAGAAAAUGACACAUUCUAUUAAGAUAUCUCUCAUGGCACUUGUCCUUUCAAAGCAGGAGGAAGAAAACGAAGGAGAAAAUGUUUUAUCUUGCGUUAGGGUAGGAAAUGAAUUAGGUAAUAUAGAUGAGUAAAUAGAAGUCUCUCAUUAAAAAGAUUGUUUUACAGUCUUGAUGUAAUGUACUUUUUAUAAGGGCAUGAAAUCUUGAAUAAAAAUUUUAUGAAGAAUUUCCAAA